AUGUCGUUCUUUCUUUCAUACUUGAUACUAAGCGCUGUAUCUGUCUUGGAUAGUGAAUUCAUUCCUAGUCAAAUUCGAUCGCCACGUUGUCGGCUGUCGGUCACCAGCGAUGGAUUAGAGGCAGAUUGUUCCUGGCUUGGGUUACAGAGUGUUCCUCUUGAACUUCCAGGUGGCGUCACCAAAUUGAACAUUGAGGGCAAUCGAAUACAAAAUCUAAAUCGAUCUUCGUUUUCGCAUCUCCCACUCCUGCACAAACUGAAUCUGCACCGGAACAAAUUGGCUUCAAUCAACGAAGGGACUUUCGAUAGCUUGCCGUUGCUUCGGGAACUUUCUUUGUCUCAGAACAGCCUUGCGGAACUACCCACAACUAUAUUUCAGAAGAACCAGAAAUUGGAACUUGUAGAUUUUACCCUAAACCUCUUCUGCUCCGUUCCUAUUUUGGCACUCCGUGGCGCUACCAACUUGGAAAGUGUAAUACUGAUAAAGAACAGGAUUAACAGUGUCAACUUUACCGGGUUCAAAAGUCAAGACGUUGAAGUCAUUGACUUAUCAAGCAAUAACAUCACGAGUGUCCGUAAGAAUCAGUUCUCACCGUUUAAGAAUAUCAGCACUAAAUCGUUCCGACUUAAUUACAACAAAUUGACGUCUCUGCCAGACGGUGUGUUUGGCCAACUCCAUAUGACAAAGGACCUCGUUCUUUCUCAUAAUGGUCUACAAAAUUUCAGCCUGUAUCCAUUUCUUGGUAUGGAAUCACUAAUAAACUUGAGUUUAUCAUCGAAUCCAUUGGAAAGCGUUUACCCUUUCAAUGACACCACUCCACGUGCAGAUCUACCCCCUUUGAAACACGUUAUUCUCUCGGGGCAUCAUCUGUUUACUCUGCCGUCGCGAGCUUUUGUUGGAAUGGGUAGCGUCACACGUCUCGAUCUUGGCAAGGGAAAACUAAAAUCAAUUGAGAACGAUUCUUUCGCUGGAAUGUUGGCUCUCGAGAUCCUUGAUCUGAGUUCUAAUCGACUCGCUACUUUGAGGCGAGAAAUGUUCGAACUAAUAACCCGACUCCAUACACUCAUCCUGGCCAAAAAUAAGUUUGGAUACCUUCCUACAACAGCUUUCCAGGACCUGAGAUCACUCAAAGUUUUGGAUUUUACCAAUAAUCGAAUCGCCAAGAUCGGAACAACCUGGGACAUUCCUUCUUUGCUGACUCUGGAUCUCACAAGCAAUUUGAUUUUUCGUAUCAACGACGGGAACUUCUAUGGGCUGUCAAAUCUAACCGAGCUGACAAUAUCAUCGAAUCCAAUCAAUGUGAUAAAGAAUAAUGCCUUUAGUGGGGUAGAAAAUUUGCAAACACUUACUAUGCAAUCACUGACAACCAUUGGGAGCGGCUCAGGUCGACCUUUUCGGAAUCUUGUCCAAUUGAUAUCCCUUGAUCUUUCCGGAUCAAAUAUGAAUCCAUCUACGAACUUCUUUAAAGGUCUGGUAUUUCUAAAGACACUCAAACUACGAAAGACCUUACUGACACCUCUCAAACUCUGGGACAAUUUUCGAAACGCUUCAGUACUUGACACGUUGUUUGGAUUAGAAUAUCUAUCACUGAGCUCAAAUACUUUGAAUGGUUUGAUACCAGGGUCAUUUCAGAAUCUGACUUCGUUGACUAGACUGCUUCUGGAGAAAUGCGGAAUUUUCCAGCUACCUGUAGGAUUGUUCGAAAACCUGGUAUCACUGAGGUAUCUCUACCUGACACGCAACAACAUUAAAGUUUUAUCCGCCUCCCAUUUCUUCGGGUUACACUCCUUAGGAACACUUCUGCUGGACAACAAUGCCAUUAAAGAAAUUGAAGUUGAUCUUUUCAAGCAUACUCCUAAAAUUUCCUACGUGUACUUUCCAUACAAUCUCAUAUCAGUUGUCCAUGAGGGAACAGUCUUACCCACCGUGAUGCUUGAUAUCUCGAAUAAUCCUCUGUCUUGUGUUUGUGAGAUGCAGUGGUUUAUGUCAUACGUUGAUAACCCUACAAAUAAUCUCAUCUUGGUGAAUCCAAACAAUACGAUCUGUUCUCCAAGUUCUAUUCAGAGAUUUAUCGGAAAACGACUUUUCAGCUCCCGUCCCGACAGUAGCGACUGUGUCCCACAUAUCAUCAUCUUGGCUUGUGCCCCUGCGAUCGUCCUAGGGCUUCUGGUCGUCCUUGUGGCAACGUAUUACUAUCGCUGGAAGAUUAACUACAAACUUUUCCACCUAAAACUAGCAGUGCUCGGUUUCAACCAGUUUGAAGACGCCCGCGAGCAUCAGGAUUUUCGGCGCGACCUCAACGUCAUAUUUCAUGACGAUGACGAGGAGUGGGUCGAGCGCGUCUUCCGACCCGGUAUCGAUGAGGCGUUGCCAGAUUUUCAAAGGAUUGCCUAUGGUGAUCGGGAUCUUGCCUUCGGAAUGUUCUACAUGGACGCUAUCAUUGACUUGAUGGAAAAUAGUUACAAAGUCGCUUUCAUUGUGACUAACACAGCCAUCUUUGAUCACUCCUUCAUCAACAAAUUUCAUAUGGCCGUCGACCACAUGAACGAGGUAGGUUUUGAAAAGCUGGUGCUGAUAUUUGUCGAAGAUAUUCCGGACAAUCACCUGCCGUACCUGAUGAGGCUCUUCCUCAGCAAGAACAAACCAUAUUUCCUGUGGUCCGAUAACAUGGAUUGGCAGGCCCUCUUCUGGGCCAAAUUUGCCAAAUUGAUGAAGACAAACAAGCAAAUAAAUGACACUCUCCCAACAUAGGAGAAAAACCUUAGGAUAUUUCAUUACAAUAAUAUUCAA